CAGUAUCAUCCGCAAAGAAGGCACCAAGGAAACAAAUGGAACACCAGCAGGUUGAUCUGUGCCUUGUGCUCCUGCUUGAUGUGCGUGUGGAGAUCUCUCAACAAGCUUGGGAGGAGGAGAGCGGAGCCCCAGCCCAGGGAAGAUGGGAGCGGUGGUGCUGCUGGCAGUGGUGGUGAUGGCUUUCGUUGGCUGCAGGGCCCUCCUGGAUCUGUCUGGUGCCACGCAGGUCAAAGGGGUAUGGAUGGGAUCCACUACUUUACCAUGUACCUACACACCCUCACAAGGUUUCACACAGCAGACACUCACCUGGAGCAUGGAGAGAGACCUCAGCACCUCCACCAUCUUUCGGAGGGACAGUUCUGGUGAUCACAUCCCACUGUCUCAGUUCCGAAACCGAGUCAGUGUCCCAAAGAGCAGCCCGGGGGAUGCUUCACUCCAUAUCACAGACCUUGAAAUUCCUGACAGUGGACACUACACCUGUCAAAUCAUCUGGAGGUCUGAAAACUACAGCUUGAUAACAAAGGAGGUGACCACUACAUUUAAAGUUGCCAAAGAGGUUGUGACCAAGCCCAUUAUCGUGGCUGGAGAGCUGGGGCUGGUGGUGCCAGCGGGAGCCAAGGCCAGACUGACCUGCGUGGCCCAAGGUUCCCCCCCCAUCAGCUACCACUGGUUCCGGGUGGCACCAGGCAGGAAUGGGCAGCUCCUAGGCAGUGAGGCUGAGCUGGUGUGGAACAGCCUGCAGCCCUCCGAUGCGGGGAUGUACUACUGCGAGGUGCAGAACAGGGUCAGCACAGGGGUGGUGCGUCGCAGCGACACUGUUGAGCUGACAGUGAGAGAUCUGUCUGUAGCGACGGAGGCACACCGCCCAGCCACAGAUCUGCCUGAAGCAGCAGUGACUUCUGAGAAUGCUGUGGGAUACCCAGAAACAGAUGAAACAACUCAGAGUUCCCGCAGGAGUCACCUGUACCUGUUCAUCCUGAUUGCUGUGUUGGGCGGCGCUGUGGUUUUCUUUGUCAUUUUUGCUAUUGCUUGUGCUAGAAAGUCCAAAAAUGAACCCAUCUAUGAAGUUUCUUUCCACUGUGAAGAUGUCAUUAGGCUGGACACUGAUGUGGAAGUCCCUGUUAAGUGCAGAAAAGAGAAGAUAAAUUCUGAGACUGAAGAAUCCUAUGAAAAUGUCACCAUGACAUGUAACAGCUAUGCGAGCAUGACAGGCAACAGCUAAGAGAGCAUAUGCCUGAGUAAAAAUGAUGAGAGUGAGACCCUUGUGAAUGCGAUGGAAUCAGAAUAUACAGUACAGGACUUUCAGUAGAGUACCAGCAUUUCCACAUGAGCAGCUGCCCAGAAGAUGGGGUUACAGAUGCUGAGCUGUAAACUUUACCAAGGGAAACUAUUCUUCCUGUCUGCCUUCUCCUUUGAUAGAUAUACCAGUUUUACUGCUUUCUUUAACUCAGGUGAACUGCAUAACCUUCUUAGGAUCUGGCAAUUGAGUCCCUGCCCAUUGGUGUAGAAACCUUCAGCCAAGUGGUUGUCUGCCUAUACAUUUUGAAAUAGCAAAUGAUUUCUGAGCAGCCAGGAGGAACAAAGUGAGAAAGAAAGGAUCUGAAAGAGUGGAAACAGAAAAGACCUUUACCUCCAGGCCAAGGUGCAGCUGUGUGCAACACUGCUAGCCAUUAACGCCAGCAAGGUGUACUCUUGAGUGCAUGUUCCCCUGUUAGGCCAUGCAAAAAUGUGAGGAGCUAAGAACUGUUCUGUAAAUGGAUGGCCUCUGGCUUUUACAGUCCAGCAAAUACUGGUUGUACAGCUUGCAUGCUCUUGAGUUAUCUUGUUAAAGGAUAGUAAAGGGGCUACAACGGAGGCUGAUAUGCAUUUAGCAAUCAAACUGGAGUUCAUCACAAGUGGGAAUAAACCUGUAGGUAAUGUGCCUCUUAACUGGCACUCUGUGUUUUUCUUCUGGCAAGACACAGCUGGUAAUGAAGGGGUUGCUAACGCUUCAUUUUACAGUGUGGAAGCUGGAAGCAUGAUAAAAAAAGAUGCGUUGCAGAGAGAAAUCUGAGGCAUUUGGAAUAGUGACUGAGUAAGGGAUCUCCCUGGGUCCAGCAGACUGACAUUGACUGUACACUGUAUGGGAUGUGACUAAAUCUGUCUGGUUACAACUGUGAUGUUCAUACUUGUUAUCACGGGUUAGACACUUGUCUAUCUACUGAGGGUGCUGUGAGCUUUUGUUUGUAAAAUGCCAUGAAAAGUGCUUGAUUAUUGCAAUGUCGUUAAUUUCCCAGGGCAAACAUGAAAUGUUUCAAAAGCA